GAAGAAACACAGAGAUGGGAAACACGAGCAUCCGUGGGCCUGAUGCACGCUUACAUUGUGAGAUUUCUUUUUCGCUGAGAGGAUGAACAGCAGCUGUAAAAAGGUUUCUCCUUCAGCCAAAGCCCCUUGGUAAUUCUGAAACAAGUUCACUGAACUCUUGAGGACUUGUUUGUCAUAUCGAUGGUAGUGGUCUAUUUAGCUUCUGCGGCAACCUAAUCCUGUUUUUGUACGCCCGUGUCCCUCCAGUCAGCCGAGAGACUGGGCGGCCAACAAAAUGAGCGUUAUCAAGUAUCAGUGUUCUUUUUUACGGCAACAAUCAUGUGCCAGACAGAGAUGGAGAUGUUGGCGUGAACAGGAAUGCGAGCUGUGAAGAAGAAAGGAGAGGUCACGUGGAGGCAAAAGACACAGAGUGAGAAUAUGAUAUUGGGGGGAGAAUAAGAAAUAUGUGGGGGAAAAAAAGGAAAUUGAGCGAUGGUGUCAGACAGAUACUGAGAAAGCGGCGCUCUAACGUGUCUCAUGUGAGCGCAGUGGUCUUUGCCAAAGGGAGGCUCUAUUUUUAGGGGGGAGGAAUGUACACAGAGGCCUCGUGGAAAGAGACCAUAACAACAAACAGUACGCAACACGCGGCUACAAAGAGACGGCCCCCUUUGGAACACGCAGUCACACAGCAGCAGCACGAGAGUAACGAGGAAGACGGAGAUCUUUCUGCUGAGAUCUUGCUUUGAAUACAGAGUGUGGAACCCAGAAGAACAUAUACACAUAGAGCGAAGAGGAACAGCAUGGCGCGACCAGUGGUCAACGUCUUCCACUACAAAGACAAAGAGCAGUCGUCCAACCUGCUCCUGCAGCUCAACCGACUGAGGCAGGAGAAGAUCCUGACAGAUGUGUCACUGUGCUCAGAAAACACAGAGAUCCCGUGCCACCGCAACGUCCUGGUCUCCAGCAGCCCUUACUUCAGGGCCAUGUUCUGCAACAACUUCAUAGAGAGACAGCAGAGCAAGGUCGCCUUGAAGGGCAUCACCGCCACCAUUCUCAGUAGUAUCGUUGACUAUGUCUACACCGGACUCAUUAUCAUCAGCAUUGAUGUUGUGCUGCCGCUGAUGCAGGCAGCAUCCAUGUUGCAAUAUGGCCGCCUUUUUGAGGCCUGCUCCAGUUUCCUUCAGGAGCAGCUGAGCCCAGAUAACUGUUUGAGCAUGAUAAGGCUCUCUGAGCUCAUGAGUUGUAACACUUUGAGGGACAAGGCAAAGGAGAUGGCAAUGGAGAGCUUCUCUGACGUGUCGGCGUCUGAGGAUCUGUGCGAGCUCUCCCUACCAGAGCUCAUGGGCUACCUGGAGGACGAUGGUCUUUGUGCAGAGGAGGAGCAGGUCUUCGAGACACUUGUUGCUUGGAUCCACCACGAUCCUUUAUCUAGGCGUGGUGCCAUCAGCGACCUUUUCAAGAAAGUUCGCCUUCGACACAUCCACCCCACCUACCUCUUCCAGUUCAUAGCCAGCGACCCUCUGAUCCAGUCCUCCACCCUCUGCUCGGAGCUCAUCGAAUCGGUGAGACGCCUCAUGUUUUCUGUCAACACAAAAUGCUUCGCAGACACAGCAGUGGACUUCAAACCUCUCUGGGUGGCACCAAGGCGCUACACCUACAACGAUACGAUGGUGGUGGUGGGAGGGAGAAAGAACAACGAGCAGACCUCGAGGGAGGCUCUGGUCUUUGACGAGAGGAGCCAGAAGUGGCAGUGUCUUGCCAAGUUGCCCAUUCGUCUGUACAAGGCCUCUUAUGUUGCCCUCCACAGCGUCCUGUAUGUUAUCGGAGGCCUGACCACAAACACAAAGUACAGCCAAGUCAGUACAACUGUCUACACCCUCUCCCUCAAGACCAACCAGUGGCGAACGGCAGAGCCCAUGCUGGAGCCACGCUUUGCCCACCAGAGUGUCUCCUAUCUCCACUUCAUCUUCGUCCUGGGAGGCCUGGGGCCCGACAGACGGGUGACCGACAGCGUGGAGAGGUACAACAGUAUGUUCAACCAGUGGGAAUCUAUGGCACCCAUGCCCGAGGUUGUGCUGCACCCAGCAGUGGCUGCUACUAACCAGAGGAUCUAUAUGUUUGGCGGAGAAGAUUCCAUGCAGAACCCCGUCAGAUUAAUACAAGUGUAUCACAUUGCCAGGAACAUGUGGUCCAAGAUGGAGAACAGAACGGUGAAGAACGUGUCUGCCCCGGCGGCCAUUAUGGAUGACAAAAUCUACAUCAUUGGAGGAUACACCAGGAGAAUGAUUGCAUACGACACCAAGGCCAACCGGUUCAUCAAGUGCGCCAACCUGAAGGAGCGGAGGAUGCACCAUUCGGCAACCGUUCUCAAUAACCAACUCUAUGUCACAGGCGGACGUUACAUCAACGGCCAUGACAUCAUCGAGGACUCUGACAACUUCGAGUGCUACGACCCAAAGACGGACACUUGGACAUCGAAGGGGACUCUGCCGUAUAAAGUGUUUGACCACGGCUUCCUGACACUGACGUGUGUCUCGCAGACGUGGGCAAAAUCCUCGCCGACAAAGCGAUGACCUCAUUCUCUUUUAAUGUUGAUUUAAUGUUGUGUUUGGUUUGUAGUCUUUAGUUUUAAGGUUUCGUUUGCAUGAGGUCUAAUUCCAAUUUCACUUAUAAUAAUUUUUUAUUUUUUUUACUUGAAAAUAAAAGACUGUAUAUUAAUGCAUAGAAAUGUAUUAGUAAUUCAUGGAUAUCUAGUUGUAAACAGAAAUGUCUUCGUCAUUUUUAUACCUGAAACUUUCCCAUGUUUUUAUUUACCAAUGAAAACAAGUGAUCCUGCUGCACAGCCACUUCUCAACCAGUCAGACUUCACAAAAGGGUGAAAGCUGCUCUACAUUUAAACCAUGAGAUUCCACUUGUCAUGUUUAAGUCUGUGAGGACUCAAGCUAAGUUCAGUUGUUAGAUUUGAACCUGCUGCCGUGUCUGGUGAACCUUUGGAUCACUGUCUGCUAAGAUGAGGCUCUAGACAGCACCCAGACAAACAUCUGUGAUGUUUUAGUUUGGGGAUUUUUUUGGGACAUACAGUAUAGCCCUCAUAUUGCGAGCGCAGUGGUGUUGCCACAAGAGUUCUGCAGCAUCAUAUUCUGUAUCUCCACUGUGUACGUAUAACUUUGCUAAUGACCAUGUGUCUUUUUAAUAAUGGUUUUCCGUGUUUUUCUACUGUUUUCGUUGGUAAUAAAAUGUCACUCUUCA